GACUGGAAGGAGAGGAAACAAGAAGCCUUGGAUAAAAGGAAGAAGCCCUGGUCACAAUACUACAGCAUGGACCCUGAUCAAGGGAUCUUGGUACAGUUGAGGAUUGCAGGUGGCUGCUGGAGGGUCAUGCAUGGAGUGCAGUCAAUGUAUUAGGUGGGAAGGCAAGUCCCAGGAGCAAGAACAGGAAAAAGGACACCAUUGCAGCACUACAACAUGGAUUCUAUGGGCAGAGGAAGACUCAGAGAACUCGCUGUGUGGAGGCAAAGAGAACGGUGGUCUCAGAAACUCAAACCAUUAUGGUGGCUUUUGCCAUUAUCUGAAAAGGGCACAGUUCGGGCAAGGGUGCUGGGGGAUGUUACUGCAAACUAACGUUAUAGAAACAAGAGCAAAAGACAAGACGUAAGAUAUAAAAAAGCCCUUAAAGCAGGUACUCAGGGCACUCCAUUCUUGGAAGUCCCAAACAUAGGUUAAAAACUUAUUUCAUUAGUGGUCAGUGGGUUGUAUGCACACUUUUUAGGCAAAUAAUAGUUUUUUGGGAGGAAGUGAGGCCAAAAACAUUGCACUGAUCGACAAAGCUCUUGAUAGGAGGAAUACUUAACUAUCAUCAGUAUCCAUCUUGUGGACCAACAGGAUGCCCAGACUCCCUCAAAGGUCACAUAUGCAGGCUUCCCCAAGGGGCAGUAAGAAUAGCUAAGGACAUCAGAAGUCAUUCACAAGUCCCCUCGCAAGACCAGUCAUAUAUAUGUAAGUCCUUUCACAAGACCAAGCAACAAAGUCACCUUUCAUUUGAAGAGCUUGCACUUUCAACUGGAGGACUUGCCGUGUACUUGCAGGGACUUUUGAUGGCCUUGACUAAAGUACAAGUACAACCAUUCCAAGGGGGUGGGGGUGGAUUAUGGGAAUGCUCAGCCAAGUUUGCUUGUUGCAGACCAGGAUGCUUGAGACUGGUGCAUGUAUAAGGCAUACCUUGGGGUUAGGUUGUCAGUAGAGAUAGGGUCAGAGCAUGAGGGGCUGGCCAGAUAUCCAGGUAGACAUUUUGGAUUGGUUUCAGAAUACAUGUGCUUGUUCAUGUACAUGUGUCUGGUUGCCUUGUUCUUGUAGCCUUCAGUGUUACUCAUGAUGCUGUCUCUACUGUCAUUUCGUUCAAGUGCUGUCAUUCCUCCAGUGUCUGGGUUUACCUUGUGGCCUUCUCAUUUUGGAGAGUGAUGUGUCAAUAUACAUUUGGAGAAGGGAGGAAUUGUGAUCUCCUGGUUAAAAAGACAGAGCACCUGUUACUUUCAUUUGUGUCCCAAGUUUCCACGAUACAACCACUCUUCAAUAGGGGAUGUCCAGGGAAUAAUUUUCCCAGUAUUGCAUGGCAAUUCGCACUGCAUUUUCAUCCAUUUGCUGUGCACUUUUCAUUUAUUUUUUUUAGUUGCUGUGAUGUAACCAGAAACAUACAAGUACAUGUUCAUGUUUACGAGCGAAUCCAUUUGGUAUGAGAGAGAGGCACUCUGCAAUCACUGUCCCUGUAAUCUGAAUUGUUAAGCUAGCUGUGAAGUGCUGAUAACACAAGAAAACACAGCGUAAGCCUAUAAUAUUCAGUUGACUCUCGUUAGUACAAAAUCAGCUGUUACAGAAUUAAAUGCUUACCACCCAAUCACUGAUUUCUUCAUAAUACGAGUGGCAGAACUGGAGUGACCUCCAAUGAGAAUGUGCGCUUGCAUGACGUACUCUUGGCCAGACAUAGCUAUUCAAUCACAAAGUUGCCUUACGACAUGCUCCUUUCUCGUGCACGCGCGGCCAGGGUGCUUACUACAAAUUCAGCUGAGACCAGCUUAUCGAUUAAUUCAAUAUGCCACGUUCCAACUGGUAUCAAACAUUAAGAGAUGAAGAAAUGAAUUAAAAGGAAAAUCAUGUUUCUCCAUAGCACAAUUUGUGCGGGAAAGAAUACUUACAUGAAUGAGCCUUCAGCUGUUAAUCAGUCUCAGCUUUCACACUAGCACAUACAUGUAGGAGUACUAUGGUAAACUUCUAAACGGACCAUGAAAGUUGUUUGAUUCAUUGCCUUCAGUGCAGUGACAAUGCACAUGUAGUCAACUAGUUAGGGAGUUUAAGAUUUCAUCCACUACGUGGAUGCGAUGACCAAGCAACGAUGUGAAAAAGCAAAGACUUGUCACUUUGAGGACGAUGCACUGGCCACAGCAACUGAGCAUGCACACUAAAGAAUUUAUGUCUGUUCUGCUCUAUGGUUCGGCCGCACUGUGAUUGCGCAUUUUGGAAUCUGAAACGGCCUAUUAUCCUCACAUGUGCGCUGUUUUGUUGUGUUGUUAACGUUAUGUUACUCUCAACUCAAUCGCUCAAUUCGGACUAGACUCUGUCUGGAUUCAUUGUGGUUUUUGAUGUGGAAUAAAUGGAAUUAUUUGGAUGUAGACUCUGGAAUUAUUUUUGGAUAUUUUUGUCACGUUGUAAUUGUGUGCUGUAAAUUUGCACUGUGAUUACGUGAAAAAAACAUAGCUAUACAAGUUUAUCCAACUGCUACGCAAAAAUUAUUUUGUGUAGCAGAUUUGCUAUGCAAUUUUUUUGCUGAAAAUUAUUCCCGGGAUGUAUUGGUAAAGUUGGUGUCAAGGAUCAAGAGACAUUCACUAUUGCAUUGUGUUGUGUUUUUGUGAAACACGAUUGUCAGUUAAGAUGAAUGGAUGCAUGAAUUUUGUGCUGCACAUAUUUGCUGGGUUUUAGGUUACAGUUCGGUGCAGGCUGAUCGUUUUUUUCAUUUUCCUUGGGUCCGUAGAAUAGACCAUUUGUUAGAGGCUGAUACUUUGAAUGUGAGAUGGAUACACAACAUAUCCACGGACUGACAGUUGUCAUGGGGUUAAAUUUACCAUAUGUGUAAUUUUGUAAAUUUGUCCAUAUAUGUACUUUAGGGACCCCAAUGGAAAUAGGCCUGUGUAAUUGGCUUGCUUGGAUUAUCCCAGAAUGAAUCAACCGUAUCUUGUUUUCUCUGUGUACAAUUGUUGCUUAGUUGAUUGAAUUCUGAAUAAAAUAAUAAUAAUAAAAGAAGUAUCAGUUUUUAUGGACAGAAUUGUAUGACACAUGGACAUAAUCUUCAUGUGCAAUUACACAUGGAUCCACAGUUCUUUUGCAGGUUGGUUCUGUGCCCUUUAUCAUCAAAUGAGCUGCUGAUUUUACCAGUCAAAUGUGUUCCACACAAAGGCACUUCGACUGGUAGCAUAAUCACUCAUGCAGUGUUGUGAUCAAGUCCAGUGUACAUGUACAAGCUACACUUACAUGUAUGCUGUAUAUGUGUAUUAUAUCUGGCCUCACUUCAAGUCACAAGCCUAUCACUUGCCUGUGAUAAAGAUAUUCAUGGAUUAACACUGUUACUUAAGAUGUAGACAUCUUUGGUGAAUCCUACGAGAUUGAGGCUACCUCAGAGUAUGGCUUCCGACAGCGGUCUAACACUGCAGUACGGCUAGAGAAGCUACGCAGUGACCGGAUGGCCCAGAAGAAAUGUAAGCGUAUCCAGUGGAAAGGCGAGGCCUACAUGGAAUUUCCUGAAGAGGACUUAGAUGAGCUGUUUGCCAAAAAGACCAUUCCCAGGCAGAAUGCCAGUAAUGAAGACCGUCGCCGAUCAGUGCUGUCACUUCAGCUGGAACUGAACCCUGAUCAGGCCAACAAUCCCUUCUCAGAGUAUGCCAAGUUUGACGGCAAGGCUCAUGCAGGGAGUGCCAACAUCAAGAAGAUUGACAUCUACCUGGCCAUGUGUGAAGGAGACGCCCGCGAGUUCCCUGUCACCAUCUAUGUUGUGGGGAAUGCCAAAGUGCUUGAUCUCAUUGGGCUGAUAUGCUGGCAUUACACCAACAAGGGGUACCAGCCUAAACUUAGGCAGAACGUGGAGUCCUAUUGCCUAAUGAUUGCAGAGGAAGAUGGAGAGGUGGACACAGACUUCCCAGCCCUGGACAACCGUGAGGCCAUCUCCAAGUUCGGCUUCAACACCCUGGCGCUGGUCCCGCUGGACAUGCCAGAGGAUGGUAACAGCGAGGAGGUCCGCCAGGAGGGAUGCGUGGUGAACAUAAAAUCUUCCGACGGUGAAUCCAAAGUGGCCGUUGACAACCUUAACACCACGCUCCGCGAGAUCUUAGUGCGGGCUUUGCGGAAGCGAAAGGGGGUCAUACCAACGGCAGGUCCAGACUACAUCCUUGAGAGGGAGAAUGAGCCGGGCGUGGCCCUUGACCUGGAUACCAAGCUCUGUGACAUGACCUCCUUUGACCUGGUCAUGGUCCGUGAACACAGCAAAAGGGACUACGGCAAACAGGACAGGGUGAGGCAUGUAUCGACAAUUGAACCUCCACUGGUUCUCAGCACACAGUACAAAUCCUUCAGAAUCAACAUGCUGCACAGAUUGAGACCAACCACUGAGAUUCAGUUGGGAGUGUCCGGGGACAGGAUUGAGAUAGACCCCGUCUCCCAGCCCAAGACCACGGCCGCCAAGUUCUGGAGUAGCAAGCAGAAGGCAGUAUCCAUUGACACGGACCGGCUGGCAGCCUGCGCCAUUACAGAUGAAAAGCCCUCAGGCAAGACCAUUUUCCGCCUGACUUACAAGAGUGUCAGCCACGAUUUCAAGCACCGCGACUUUGAGACAGACCAUGCCACGGCCAAGCACAUUGUGACCAAGAUCAACCAGAUCCUGGAACUGCGAGCCAGCGCUGUACGCAACGAUUAUACAAUAUGGAAGGAUCGGCGACAUAGUACAAAGAGACACCAUGACAAGUGAGGCUCCAGAAGAAGCUUAAUCAGGGAAAGGGGGGGACUACUGUUUAUGACAUUUGUGCAGCUCUGGAUCAGUGGGAAUCAGGAGAAACACGUCUUAAAGAAGCAACAAUGUUAUGUUAUGUUAUGUUAUAAACUCCAACAGGGGCAUGGUAAGAGAAACAACUUCUUUUUUUCCUCAGCAAGUAGAGUUCUGAAAAAGUACGUUUCAUUGGGUAGUGUUUUGCUUGCCACAAAGUAGGGUAUUUGUAGUGUUUUUCGCUGGUAAUCUGUCCCAGUUGAAUGCUACUGGGGAUAGUAGGGUCAGAGUUGAGCUCCAUAGUUGUGGACCAAGUUCUGUCCAUGUUUUCUAGCUUGUUAAAGAAUGAAAGUGUGUAGUUCAUGCGAUCAUGAGCAUGAAUGCACAAAAACACUUGGCAUAAAAUAUCCACAUUUUUGUUGAGACUGACUAGAGAUUUUGGACUGAGAUUUUAUGUGUUUUGCAUUUCUAUUGUAUUUUUGUCAUUAAGAAUGGACAUGUUCUAAUUGAGUUGUGUUUCGCCCAAUCCCAAAGAGCCUGAUUUGUGUUAAUUUCUUAUUACAAAAAGUGUUACAUGUAUAGUGUUGUUUUAUGUUGAAAUAACAUACAAUUCUGGAAUUUCUGUUGUCCCAUUUUCAAAUCCAAGUAUAAGAAGUACUGUCAAAGGCAGGAGUUUCGCUUUCAUUUGGAAACAAAGAAUUAGAAUAAAGUGACAUGUUUGUGAGAAAUUUUAAGCGAAUCCUUGUUUCCUCAUACAUGUAUAUGUAAGUGUUCCUCUUGGAAGUUAAAUUUCAUUGGAAACUGGGGAAAAAAUGUAUGUAUAUGCUCCUCUGUAGGAAGUAUGAUUGAAAUAUACAAAGCAGAGGCAUUGGUAUUACAACGGAUGUACAUGGAUGCGUGUCUGUUUAGGCAUCCUUUCUCUCUUAGCAUGAAUGUACUUAACUUGUGUGCACUAUGUGAUUGUGUGCACAUUUACAUCAUGUAAAACAUUGAGGAAAUAAUGAAGUACAGCCAAAAUGCAAUUGUUGCAACAAAAAUAAACACUUCGUAAUAUCAGUAUAAAGUAUGUGAGUUGACUGUGCCUAGAAAAUCUGUAUUCUGUGUCACGACACUUAAAACAAAGUAACACGUAAAGCAGACAUACAAGUACAUGUAUGUGUUUAUAUGUAAACCAAAUAUAAAGGGGUGCACAGAAUGUGAAUGCGGAAUUGUUGUCUUGAAUGUAAAAGGAAAAACAGACUGCAGCUGAGGUUUCUAUUUCACGGGUUGCCAUGGUUUUGGCCCAUCGUUGUCAAUUGUUCAAGUUUGCCUGAAGAUGAUGACUAGCUAGUGAGAAGCAGAACUCACAGGUUGUUUAUUCUGAUUCCAUUUUCUCAAGCAGUACAUCUUGCCUGGGCAAGGGGCUAUCAGCAGUGGUUUGCGUCUUUUCCCACAAAUAAAUUGAUGUUGGAAUACUUUCAAACGUGUUUUGAUUACAUAUUUGUGGUUAAAUGAGCUUGUUUCAUAAGUCAACUCAAACUACUGAAAUACAUUUAAAUUUUUUAAAAGGAUUUUUGAAAUGGAAUUUGUUCACAGUAAGCAAUGACUAAAUGGUCCAAUUUCAAAUCCAACAUUCUAAAACCAACUUUAGCUCUGGUGUUUACAAACUGAGCUAAAUUAGUGUAACAGAUUUUUCAAAUCAAUAUGAACCUGCUCCAAGUUUGGUGUGCUGGGAAGGAGCCAUUAUCUUCAUUCAUGCGAAAUUGUUUUUUGUAAAUGAACAGAAAUUUUCAUUAAUACUCACAAAAAAGAGAAAUUGAUGUAUUGGAGUAAUUUACAAUGCACAAGAUCUGUUAGUAUCUCUGGAUGUCUAAAUUCUUUGUGUAAAGAGAUGUGCUAUAAUUAAUUUUGUUUGCUAAUAAAGGUUGAAUAAACUGGCGAUGCCAAGAUACAGAAUGAAAAAAUUGA